AUGACUCUGUUUGUUGAGAAUGUUAAUGAGCCAGAGAAAAAAGUUAAUAUCGAUGAGGAUAUCGUUCGGAAGAACACCGACGAUUCUCUCCAGGUGGAGAUGAACGACUACUUGGCCAAGUUCUUGGAUAUGUCCAACGAUGCCAAAGAAAACGAAACCAAGGAGAAAACGAUGCCGUUGUCGGAGGGAAUCAAGACAUUUCCCAAAGCUGCCGCCUGGUCGAUUGUGUUGUCAACAGCGUUGGUUAUGGAAGGUUACGACACCAAUCUUAUCAACUCAUUUUAUGCGUUCCCAUCUUUCAAUGAAAAAUACGGAGAGUACGUUGAAAAAUUAGACGCUUAUCUGAUCGAUGCCAAAUGGCAGACCACUUUGAGUAUGUGUGUGAAUGUUGGUGAGAUUAUCGGGUUAUUUGCAGCCGGUAUUAUUGCCGAUAAAAUUGGUUACAGAUGGACGUUAAUUGGGUCGUUGGUUUUAACCACUGCGUUUAUCUUCAUUGUGUUUUUUGCCAAGGACAUUGGUAUGUUGGUUGCUGGAGAAUUGUUGUUGGGUCUUCCUUGGGGAGCGUUCCAAACACUAACGGUGACAUAUGCUUCAGAAGUUUGUCCUUUAGUGCUUCGUGUGUAUUUGACCACUUAUGUUAAUGUGUGUUGGGUUUUCGGUCAAUUGAUUUCUUCUGGAGUUUUAAGAGCCUUUGUCGAUUCCACGGCCCACGACUCGUACCGAAUUCCGUUUGCUAUCCAAUGGAUCUGGCCGCUUCCAAUUAUGGUUGGAAUCUUCUUGGCUCCCGAAUCUCCGUGGUGGUGUGUUAAAAAGGGCCGUCUUGACCAGGCCAAACGGUCGCUCAAAAGACUCAUAAGUGCUAACGAACAUCUCCCCGACACCGAAGUUUUGGCUAAUGCCAUGGUGAACAAAAUGCAAUUGACAAUCGAAAAAGAAUACGCCAUCAGUGCCAGCGCUUCAUACUGGGAUUGUUUCAAGGGCUCUGAUUGGAGAAGAACAAGAAUUGCUGCCGGAGUGUGGGUUGUUCAAAACAUUACUGGGUCCGCCUUGAUGGGUUAUUCGACGUAUUUCUACCAGCAAGCAGGUCUUGCAACAAGUAUGGCGUUUACGUUCUCAAUCAUCCAGUACAUUUUUGGAAUUAUUGGAACAUUUGGCUCGUGGUUCUUGUCUAGGUGGACGGGAAGAUUCAACAUCUAUUUCUCUGGCUUGUGUAUCCAGAUUGUGAUAUUGUUAGUUGUGGGAGGUCUUGGAUGUUCCAGUGACAAAAAUGCUUCGUGGGGAAUCGGAGCAUUACUUUGGGUGUUCACAUUCGUUUACGAUUUCACUGUUGGUCCGCUUUGCUACUGUAUUGUAGCUGAAAUUCCUUCGGUAAGAUUGAGAACAAAGACCGUUGUCAUUGCUAGAAACGCAUACAACAUCGCUGGUAUUGUCAUUGCCGUUAUUACUCCACAUAUGUUGAACCCUGAGUCGUGGAAUUGGAAAGCCAAGACUGGAUUUUUCUGGGCUGGUUUUGCGGUGGUUUCGGCCAUCUGGGUAUACUUUGAGUUGCCUGAAACCAAGGGUAAAACGUUUGCUGAUUUGGAUGCCUUGUUUGACCAAAAGACCAAGGCUCGGAAGUUCAAGACCACCGAGGUGGAAACCUUUAAUGUUGGAACAAUGAUGGAGGCUCUUGGAGAAGAAGGUAUCAAGGCUGCCGUCCAACAUAAUGAGAAUCAGGCAGAUCGUACCGAGAAGGUUUGA